UUAGCGGCCAUAUUCUCCUGUACAUGGCGUUAAUCAAACCGUGUCGGUAGUCGGUGAGUUUAACACCGGGAGCCGAUUUUCUCUGGGGCUCAAGACGAACUACACAACACACUAAAAAACAACAACAACGACACGACACAAUAAUGGCGCAUUUGAGUGAAAACCCCGCCGAUAAAGAGAGGUUCAUCUGCGUCUAUCCGGUCUACAUCAACAGCAAGAAGACGCUGGCUGAAGGACGAAGGAUCCCUUCAGAGAAGGCUGUGGAGAAUCCGUCCUGCGCUGAGAUCAAAGACGUCCUGACGGCUGCAGGGAUGAACGUCUACAUGGAGAACAAAAUGCACCCCCGGGAGUGGAACAGGGAGUUCAGAGGUCGGGUCAGAGUUCAGAUGAAGGAGGCUGACGGCAGCUUCUGUCAGGAGAAAUUCAACUCCCGUAAAGACGUGAUGUUUUACGUGUCGGAGAUGAUCCCCAAACUAAAAACCAGGACCCAGAAGAGCGGAGGAGGAGACACCAGCUCCCAGCAGGGGGAGGGAGGCAAGAAGAGCAAGAAGAAGAAGAAAUAGAUGACGAAGAUGACCUGUUUUUAUUUUCAUUUCUUUCUUUCUUUUUUUUAUUUUUAUUUUUAAAGCUUCUCGUUUUGGGUGGAUUGAUUGUUUAGAUCAAACCCUGAACUGACACUCGAGCUAGUUUUGUGGGUUUCUUCAAAUGGGUUUAUUGUCAAGGAUUUAAAGUGACAUCAUGUAGUUUCCAAAAGAGAAACAAACUCAUUUCUGUUUCAUUUCAAAGUCUAAAGGUUUAAACCCAGAAACGGCUCAACUUUAGAAGAGGAAGAGGAGAAUGUGUGAAGUGAUGGAGGAAGAUGAGCGUCUUUAUGUUUCACAUUUUUGUCAACUUCACCGUGUCUGUUUGGAGGAAAAGACGAGAUGAAUAAAUGCCUCAUUUUCUGA